AUGUUGGGUAGAAACAUAUCAAAGGCAUGCAGAAGCGCAGCCACAAGAAAAUACGCUUCUCAAAAGAGCUUAUUCUCUACUUUCAAUCGCCUACAAUAUGCAUCAGCUCCAGAGGAGUCCAGACCACCAUUCACCAAUGCAAUGGGGUUCCCAGCACAAAGAUAUUCUUCUGAACCAGGUACUUUUGGCAAGACCACGUUCACCGAGGCAAUGGAUGAAGUUGAUAUGACUUGGGGAAGAGACGAUGACCCUAAGCAUGUGGAAAAGCAGAACACUAAGAUUAGACAUUUCACGAUCAACUUUGGUCCACAACAUCCAGCUGCUCACGGUGUGUUGAGAUUGAUUUUGGAAUUACACGGUGAAGAAAUCGUUAGAUCUGAUCCUCACGUUGGUCUUUUACAUAGAGGUACUGAGAAAUUGAUUGAAUCCAAGACUUACAUGCAAGCAUUGCCAUACUUCGAUAGAUUGGAUUAUGUUUCCAUGAUGACCAAUGAAUUGGUAUUUGCCUUGGCAGUGGAAAAGUUGUUGAAUGUCGAAGUUCCAUUGAGAGGUAAGUACGUCAGAACCUUGUUUGGAGAAAUCACUAGAGUGUUGAACCAUUGUAUGUCUGUCUUGUCGCACGCGAUGGAUGUUGGUGCCUUGACUCCGUUCUUGUGGGGAUUCGAAGAAAGAGAAAAGUUGAUGGAAUUCUACGAAAGAGUCUCUGGUGCAAGAUUACAUAGUGCUUACGUUAGACCAGGUGGUGUAUCGCAGGAUUUACCAGUCGGUUUAUUGGACGACAUUUACAUGUGGGCCACUCAGUUUGGUGAUAGAAUCGAUGAAACUGAAGAAUUGUUAACUGAUAACCGUAUCUGGCAAGCUAGAACCAAGGACGUCGGUGUUGUUACUGCAGAAGAUGCAUUGAACUACGGUUUGUCCGGUGUCAUGUUGAGAGGUUCCGGUAUCCCAUACGAUAUCAGAAAGGCUCAGCCAUACGAUGCCUACGAGUUGGUUGACUUCGAUAUCCCAGUUGGUGUCAACGGUGAUUGUUACGACCGUUAUUUAAUAAGAAUGUCCGAAUUUAGACAAUCUUUAAGAAUCAUUGAACAAUGUAUUAACGAUAUGCCAGCUGGUCCUGUUAAAGUGGAAGACUACAAGAUUGCCCCACCUCCAAGGUCAUUGAUGAAGGAAGAUAUGGAAGCCUUGAUCCACCACUUUUUAUUAUUCACAAAGGGUUUUGCCGUUCCUCAAGGUGAAACUUACACUGCCAUUGAAGCACCAAAGGGUGAAAUGGCUGUGUACGUUGUCUCCGACGGUUCAGAAAGACCAUACAGAUGUAAGAUCAGAGCUCCAGGUUUCGCCCACUUGGGUGCCUUCGAUCACAUUUCUAGAGGUAACUUGUUAGCAGAUGCUGUGGCUAUCAUUGGUACUAUGGAUUUGGUUUUCGGUGAAGUCGAUCGUUAG